CAGUGGUAUUGCUAGCGGAACACAAGCCCCCAUAUUGAGCUUGGCUGUGAGCAGUACGGUUGUAGUAAGCUGCACAUACCCAGGGAUGGUCUUCCUUUAAUGCAUGUAAAUUAGACACAGAUGGUAAGGGUACAGUAGGUGUUUUUAUUUAGGAACAGUGCAGCAUAACUUGUUGAGAGAUGUCGACGCGGUCGGAGAGAGAGAAAGCCCAGAAACUGAAUGAGCAGCAUCAGGCCAUUCUGUCCAAAAUGCUCCGAGAGGACGACAACAAGCACUGCGCUGACUGCGAGGCUAAAGGACCGCGCUGGGCGUCGUGGAACCUGGGGGUCUUCAUGUGUAUCCGCUGUGCUGGCAUCCACAGGAACCUGGGGGUCCACAUCUCCAGAGUCAAAUCUGUCAACCUGGACCAAUGGACCCAAGAACAGAUCCAGAGUAUGGUAGACAUGGGGAACAACAAGGCCAAACAGCUGUACGAAGCCCACCUCCCAGACACCUUCAGACGUCCACAGACCGACCAGUAUCCUCUCUUCUCCCUGUGUUGUCAUUCCUUAUCCCCUGACCUCAGAGCAGUAGAGUUCUUCAUCCGGGAUAAGUACGAAAGGAAGAAAUACUACGACCAGAAUGGCCUCAAAACAGCUUCAAAGUCUUCUGAUGUCGCUGCCUUCUCUACCUCUCCCGCCUCACAGGCUGCUGAGAAGAACAGACAGGAGAAGGAACGAGAGAAGAAGAAGAGAGAAAAGGACCCGGAGAAAGUGAACAGACCAAGCUCCUCUGAGAAGAAGAAGGCGGAGCUUCAGACAGACUCCAGAGCCAAUCCCAGGAGGACCCCCGAGCCGGCCAUCGACCUGCUCGGCCUGGAUGCACCUGCAGGUGGAGCUGCAACCAGUUCUGCUGCACCAGUCAGUGAUGAGGACAUCUUUGGUCCAAUGGUGUCCAACCCUCUGCCCUCCUCCAACAACACUCAGGCAGUCUCCAGUGCAGCCCCAGGCGCCCCAGCAGUAGCGGCGUCCACGGGGGGAUCGGGGGGUGCUGCUGGCCCCCAGGCUAAUCUGGACCUCUUCAGUGAGAAGAACAGUAGCAGCACCAAGACAGAGGAGGGGGCCAAGAAACCCCUCUCCAAGGACUCCAUCCUCUCCCUCUACAGCAACACCACAGUCAGCCCACAGCCUGCUGCCCCAGCUGCUGCUAUGUAUAUGGGCCAGCCUCCGAUGCAGCAGUUCCCCAGCCAGCCCUCCGGACAGCCUAACUUCCAGACUUACCCAGGAGUGGGCGGAGCUAUGCCACCCACAACCAUGACGGGCGGUGUUAUGCCCCAGGGAGGAGGAGCCAUGAUGGGGCAGAACUCUGGCAUGAUAGUCGGUAUGGCGAUGCCCAACGGUGGUUACAUGGGUAUGCAGCAAGGCAUGAUGGGGCCUCCGGGCGGAGAUAUGCCAGCGGGGGUGGGGACUCCCCAGAUGUACGCCGCCAUGCAGCAGCAGCAACAACAGCAGGGCCAGUGGAAUGUGAGCCAGAUGACCCAGCAGAUAUCGGGCAUCGCCAUGAGUGGUGGUGUGGCAGCGCCACCCGGCUUUGUUCAACCAGGUGCUCCCAUGGGUGGGGGGGUGGGUCCUCCAUCGGGCCAGACCCUCAGUACCCAGCUGUGGAAGUGAGGGAGGGGAGGGGGAGAGUGGGAGAGGGAGGCAGAACCACCAUGUCACCCCAAAUCUCCUCCUCUACCCUCACUCACCAACUGCAAAACAGGAAACUACGCACAUGGGGCAAUCUAUGGACUGCUCCACUGUUGUCCCUCCUCCCCGUUUAUGAUUCCUUUAGAGACCCCACCCCUCUCUCCCUCUGUGUGUUGCGGGGGCGGAGUCUGGGGUGAAAACAGACUGGCAGCUGUGUGUUCAUCUCUUUACUUGGGACUUUUACUUUCUUAUUCUUUUGACUUUUUUUUUCUUUUGUUAAAAAAACAACAUAUUGGUGAAAGAGAAAAGCUGCGGGACCAAUAAUACAAGCGUCUAAUAAUAAUAAUAUAUCAUUACCAGAACCGAUAGUGAGUAAAUAGAUAUUUAAAUGGAGAGAUAUGGAUAACAUGUUGGUGACCACCCCACCCCACCCAUCAAUAUCAUGUGUGUAUAUUAUACUGUACUCCCCUCUGGGCAUUCAGAGCUCCUGUAGCAAGACAUUGUAUGAUCCAGUACUGUAUGUGUGUGAGAUAUAGACCCCCCCCCCCCAGUGAGGUUGUGUUCUACCAUCUUACUGUGGUGUUUUGUUGUGUGCAGAACAAGAAGAAGCACUGUUCUGUCUGAUUGACACUACAAAGCCAAGCUGUACUGGGCUUGGCCUGGUUACACAUCCACCAUAGUUGUUGGAAAUGACAGUGAAAAGACUAUAUCUGAGCCAGCACAGUAUGGUUCGGGGUGGCCAUUUAGUGUGAAUCAGGCAUUAGUUUGAGGCAAAUAAACCUGGACGACAGUCGGUGGGGGCAGGGAGUUUACGUGGAAUAGGAGGGAGAGGGGACCAGAAUACGAGAAGAAAGAGAUGAUGCCAGUGAUGACAUAACGCUCCAGAUGAUUCAGGAAGUGUGUUGACAUUGGGAGCCUAAUGGAGCUGUCAGGGAUUGGAACAGUUGGCUUAACAUCACGUUUGCUUACUUCCCGGCCUCUAUGAUGACAUAAUCUCUGCCUAAUCCUGCUUUAUGUCAAUAUAUAGAUUCUAUAGUGGGGAAAGAAGGUGAAGAAAUACUGCAGGGGGAAAUGGGUGGUGCACUACGAAUCAACAAACAAUAGAUGAUCAAACACAGACAUUCCGUGUGUAGUUCUAAAUUGGAGAUGCUAUCCACAUACAGGGUCCCUGCCAUGUAAUAACAAGAGAACACACACACACACACACACACACACACACACACACACACACACACACACACACACACACAAGAGAAUUCAUACACACAGCACAGCAUGUCCUCCAGGUUUAUUUCUAGUGGUGUUUACAUUUUCUGGUGCCUAGUACAGAGAGAAAUGUUAUAUCCGUGCAUUAAACAGUGAAUAGCCAUUAACUAUUGUGACCAUUUAUGUCCAAUGACUCUUUUAUUGUGAAGUUGUUUUUUGUUUUCUUUUUCCUGCUUUUACAAGAGGGUCAUUUGGAAUAAAAGUUGUACUCCUGGA